AAGUUGGAGAACAAGAUGCGAUUUAAAAAACAGGUUGACUUUAAAAUUAAUUUCUCAAUCUAUUGUAUUUGAUUUGUUUGUUACAUUUUUCUGAUUUGUCUCUCGUUUUACACAGUACACAUAUAAUAGGUAUUAUUGACGAUCAGAACUGGAUAAACUUUGCUUCAUAUGUCAUAUGUAUGUCAGUGUAUACCUGGAUAGUAGUAGUUGUAAAUAGUAUGGGGCAAUCCUCUCAACACUCAACACACAGGCUGAUUCUGUGUGCUCAAAAUCAGUUAAAAGUAAAAAAUAAUAAGCGAAAUGAAUAACCAACGGAUUUGAAAGUCGUAGAAAAAGAAGACUAACUAAGACCUAGCGACGAAGUACUCAUCCAUAGACAUGAACACAGAUAUAUAUGCGUGUAUAUAUAUAUACUGUAUAUAUAUAUAAUUGUGUGUAAAUAUAUAUAAAACGUUUCUAACAAACACGAGGCACGUCGAAAUUUGCGGUCGCCCCAACAUCCUAUCCCCAGUGAUACCUUGAGACCCACCCAAGCAUAAGUAUAUCCCAUCCGUUGCCAUGUCUGCCAUUGACAAACGCGCUUCCUUCGCGCGCCGCGCCGAAAGCCUGGUCGAGCGGGUGAGAAUUAUGAAUGCCAUUUACGAGAAAUACAACAUCAGCACAGAGAAAUGCGGAGAUCUGACUGUCAUAGUGCAGGGCGACCUGUCGCAGCAGGAGAAGCGAGCAGUUUUCAUCACUGUCCAUGACCUGGGCUGCAAUCAUAAUUCCUUCCAGGAGUUCGUGAGCAGCCCCUGUAUGACAGAGAUAAAGGAGCGCUCCUGUUUCAUCCACGUCGAUGUGCCUGGACAUGCCGACAACGCCGAGGCCCUGGCCGAUGGCUUUCCGUUUCCAUCGCUGCAGUCUCUGGGUGAAGACCUGGUCACCGUUCUGGAUUAUCUGCAUGUGAAGUACGUAAUUGGCCUGGGUGAAGGGGCCGGCGCCAAUGUGCUUGCCCGGUUUGGCCUGGCACAUCCGGGCCGGGCUCUGGGACUCAUUCUCAUCAACGCCACGGGCAGCGCUGCCAGUGUUCUGCAAUCAUUCAAGAGCAAGUUCAUUAGCUGGAAGAGCGAUGAAGUGGCCCAGUCGGCUGAGAGCUUUCUUAUGUAUCACAAGUUCGGACAUGUCAUGGAGCGCUGGCAAAUCGUUGGCGAAAAUCCGGAUAAAGACAAGAUUGUGGCCGAAUAUCAGAAGCGUUUGCACCGCUCGUUGAACAGCAAGAACGUGGGACUCUAUGUGAAAGCAUUUAUGAAUCGAAAGGACCUUACCCUCAAAGGCUGCAAAGUGGAUGUUAUAUUGAUUACGGGUAUGCUUAGCCCAUAUGCCUCCAUGGUGGAGAAGCUGCAUCGCGAUGUUGAGAAGGAGCGCGUGACUAUCCUGAAGAUCGAAAGGGCUGGCGAUGUUCUGGCCGAUGCACCCGGAAAAGUGGCCCAAUCCAUUCUACUGUUCUGCAAGGGCCAGGGUCUGCUAACCUCGGUGGUGAUGCCGGGUGUCGAUCGUGGACGCGCCUUCUCCACCGCCAGCUCGGGCUCCUUUGAGAGUGCCAACGGGUCACGACGUCUGUCGCGUGGCAUCUCCAUGGAGGACUACGACAAGCCGAACAUUCGGCGCCUGAGCAUCAUGAAUAGACAACCGACCUAUAUUUUUAACCACAUCUACAUGGACGCUCCCCCGCCAACAAAGCCUCCCAGGGGCGUGAAGUAUGGCAAGGAUGAGUCCGCAGGUUGUGGUUUUCUGGUCAACGUCAUCAAAUCCCUGGGAUUCAGCGAGACGACUGAGGAGCGUCAGAAGGAGAAGCUUAAAAUCGAACAGGAAUUUAAGCGCUCAGACCUACGUCUCAAUGAACUGGUGUCUCGCCACGAUCAGCAACUCACACUAGUACUGCCACUCUUCAGCCAGGUAUCUACAGAGGUGACGGCCAGCAGGGAGCGAAUACAUGCCGUGAAGGAGAAUCUGAGUGCCUGCAAGCGAUUGCUCCAAUGCCGACGGGAUGAGCUUAAGAAGAUGUGGACAGACGCAGUUCAGCACAAGUACGUGCUGGAAAUGUUGGAGCAAAUUCAGGAGCUACGAAAGGUCCCUCAGCGUGUUGUUAGCUACACCGCCAAGCGUCAGUAUUUGCAUGCCAGCAAGGCGUUAACAGAUGCACUAGCCACGCUUAAUGGACCUCUGCAGGCUGUCGAUGGCCUCUCCGACUUGCGGGCAGAUCUGCAGACGCGUCGUCAGCAGCUUUAUCAGCGACUGCACGAGGAGCUGGUCACCCAGGUCUACACGAUUUCGGCCAAUGAAGCGUUCUCCUCGUUUCAGCGUACCAAUUCCAGCCGCCUUAACUCUAACUUCAUUCGGGGAAUAGGAUCUCGCCGCUCAACAGAUCGCAUUGAAGCUAAUGCUCGUGUUCGCAAAGCCCUUUCCGAAAUGGCCCAGUGCUUCGAUCUAGAAAAGGCCGAAAUUAUCGAAGAUGCAGAUCUUAUAUACCCGGAGUUAAGCAUGAGCUACUUCGUUGCCAUUAUCGUGGAGUCAUUUGGCAUGCUGCACAAGGUGCCCGAUUCCCUGGAGACGCUGCGAGUUCAAAUACAAACGGAGCUGCUCAACGUGGUGCGUCACACAACGCACCAGUUAUCGCUGACUGCAGGAGCUGGUGAUUCCAACCCGCUGCUCAUGCUGCUGGAGAUCAUUUUCAAGCAGUUUAAGGCCAUUGCCAAGACGCAUACGCUGCUACUAAAAAACUAUUUGUCUGUGGGCCAGAAAUAUUCAGUAGUUGGGCCGCAGCCCUACGAUCUAACAGACUUUUGGGCGCAGGCUCAGUCAGUGCUGCAACUGCUGCUCACCGACUAUUUGGAUAUACAGAAUGGAGCAUCGGACGAGAGUGCCCAGACAGGGUUUACGGAGCCAACCAGCAGUAUAAACUCAUUCUUCCUAAGGCGUAAGGUUCCAAGCACAAAGAGAUCAAUGUUCAAAUUUGACAAGUCCUCGCACGUAGGCAAUGGUCCUCGUAGCAGCAAUGAACCAUUAAAGGAGCAUCGUCGCAACGCCUCGGAUGCGUCGGUAGAUGAUAAUCUGUCCGCUCAACUGGGUGGCAGCGGCAAGGGCUCCAACAGUGGGCUCUUCCCCCACGAGAAGAAGCAGCGGGAAAAGCUGUUGAUCUGCACUCCCGAUCAGAACAUUAUAACCAAAGUCUACUUACCUUUAAUGGGAUAUAUCAAGGAGAUAGAAAACUUUAUGAAGUGCAAGCCGGGCCAACCGUGCAGUCUUCAUGACUUUGUGGACAACUAUAUAAAGGAUUCGUUCCUGUCUAAGGGCCACAACCGAAACUUGCAGCUGACCAUCGAAUCGUUGUCGAAAAAUCAAGACGCCUGGCGGACAAUCAUCACUCCGGAGGAAAUGAAGUCGCUUAACUUGAGUAGACCUCUUCUGCAGUCCACUGUGAUGGUCGAACGGCGGCUUAUGGAGACGAAAAGCCUCAUCCAUGACUUGCCCUGUUACUCGGAAGACCUGCUCAAGAUGGUGUGUGCGUUGUUGAAGGCGUAUCGGGAGAUAUGCCAGGGCGCCUACAGAGGGAUCGUGCAGCCAGACUCAGAGGAUCGGAGAAUCUACAGCGUCGCAUGGCUCAAAGACGAAGACAUAAGCCGAUUCUUAAAGACACUACCAAACUGGACGGACCUCAAAACCUCCAGUCAAAGGUCGCGGUACAAUCGAAAGCUGCAGCGGGGAAGCUUUGAGCCCUCAGAGGAGGAGAGUCCCUUGCAGGUGCAGCAGCGAAAUAUUCGUGAGGCAGAAAUGCUAACCAGUAAUUUGGGCGAGGGUGGCAUCACACAACAGGAGAUUUUGGUCGAGAUCAGCGUCCUAAAGGAGCUGGCCAUACUUCAAGAGAGUAUGGAAUGGUUUUCCUGCCGCGUUUCAGAGUUCGCCAACGACCUACGUCGGCCGAUGGUAAACGGAUUGAACGCCGUCUCGGCUGAGUGCACCGCCGACAUAACCGUCAAGGAUGGGACGAUCAAAGUGAUGACCAACUUGGCCCUGGAGUUCGAUGAGCUGGCAAACACAUGUCUGCUUGUGCUUCAUUUGGAGGUUCGGGUCCAAUGCUUCCAUUACUUGCGUUCAAAGUCCAGUGUAAGAACAAACAGCUACGUUGGUUCCAAAGACGACAUUCUUGAGCCGGAUCGUCAAGUGCAGGUACUAACCAAGCGACUGUCCGAGAUGGAUGAAGCCUUCAGUGCCACUCUUCAUCCGCGAAAAACCAGGUACAUUUUUGAGGGUCUGGCACAUCUGGCGUCGCGCAUACUUAUCCAAGCAUCAAACUACUUGGAACACAUUGACCAAAUCACCGUGCAGCGCAUGUGCAGAAACUCGAUUGCCCUGCAACAAACGUUAAGCAACAUAACCGCAUCCAGGGAAGUGGCUUUGGAUCAGGCUAAGAAUUUCUACGAGCUCCUCUGCAUGGAUCCAGACGAAAUACUGAAUGCGUUGCUGGAACGUGGCACACAGUUUUCGGAGAUGCAGUUGCUCAAUGCCAUGCACUUGUCCUGCAAGGCCUGCAGCAUAACCGACGCCAAUUUAUUGGCUUCCUAUCAGCAAAAGCUUUCGGAUAUACUGGGCGCCAAGCCCUCCAAAGGUGUGGUUGUAUAAUGUUCGUUUAAAACAAAAAAAAACACAAAUUUUAAUAUGUGUUUAAGGGUGGAUACCAUGCACACACACAUUGGCGGUAGUGUAAGUGCAAAAUGUAUGUUGGUCUUAAACUAAAAAUGAUUAUGAAUGUUUUGAACAUGUUAGCACUUGGUGUUGCGAUGCAGUCGUUUCUGUGUAUUUACAUAUUCUAGAAUUCAUUAACGAUAUUUUAACGGCUUAUACACAAUAAAUGAAAUAUUAACAACGA